CACACAAACCACCCUCACACCGCCUUCCUCCUUCUUCUCCUCCUCCUCUCUCUCUCUCUAUCGGUCUGCAACGCGAGCGAGGGUUUCUCCGCUGAAUUCUCUCUCCCAUAUUUAGCAAGUAAUAACGAAGCUGCAGAGCAUCACCACCAUCACGUUUCCAUUCAUCUCUCUCUCUCUCUCUCUCUCUCUCUCUCUCUCUCUCGCUUCUGUGUUGCCUGUGAAGGGGAGCUUGAGCUCUGGUGAAGGGCCCAUGGAAGCGGAUCUCCGGCGGGGGAUUCUCCCGGCGCCGGAUCUCGAGGAGGCCUGCGGAGGCGGGCCGGCUCACGCCCUCUCGGAGGAGUCCGGUGUAACCGCCGAUAGCUCGAGGUCCGCCCUGCUCGGCGACGCUGACUCCUCGUCCCUGGUACAGUCAAUAGAGUGGACAGAUGAGAAGCACAAUCUAUAUCUCAAUUUGUUGGAAAGAUCAUUUGUUGACCAGCUGAACCAUUCAAAGAGGAUGCGGGGUGCGAUCUUACGAGAGGUUGUUGGGGUUCCAUACCCACCUUCGGAAUUGCCAAUGGAAAAUUGUGCUUCUUUUGAUGAGGUUUUGCAAGAUGGUCUCUGGCAGAAGAUUAACUUUCGAAGGAUGAAAAAUUCAUCUGAUUCCCAUGUAGUUAAAAGUCCACGGACACGCCACGUCGUCACUACUGGGAAUGUUUACCCUCUUGAGCCUCAUACACAACAAUACAAUGAGGAAGUUCACAUGACAGGAAAUAGAAAUUUCUCUAGUGGAUUACCGAGCAGUUCAACACAGCACUAUGCACAUCAUGUACGCCAUCACAAUCCAGUUGGUGGCACUGCUGAAGUUUCAGAUCAGAACUUUGUCAAUGAAGACGGAAAAAGGAAUUCUGCUUAUUCUCCUGUUCCCAAAAGGGCCAGGAGAAGCUCAGCUGAUGGGUCAUCAAAUGAUCAAGUCGUUCCACGUGGAGGAUUUCGUAGUGCAAAUGCUUCAGUCUUCAGACAUGGUUCCUCUAAGGAACAACAGGGAAAUUCGGAAGACCCUGACUGAUUCACACUCAAGGAAUAGAAUAGACAUUAUUUUCCAAGAGGAAGCUGGGACACAAGCUGGCAGGUAGCACUCUUUGGAAUGGCAAAUGGCAUGGGUAUGAUUACUGAUUCUUUUUCGGAAAUAUUCUUCACGGGAAAAGUUGCCAUGCUAUGGAUAUAUUCAACGACCCAUGAGUCCAUGGUGCUACCAAAGGAACUUUAGCGCAUCUUUUCUGCUGAGAAGGAAAAUUUUGUUUGGUCAGUGUGCUUUAUUUUCAGUGCAUUUUUGGAGUAGGAUAAUAGAUCGAAAACAAGCAAGGGAGAUGUGAUCGAUGUGCUUGUUUUAUGCUUUCUUUGUAUUCAUUUCUAGUAUGUACAUAUAUGUGUGUACGAUUGGGCAAACUACAUAUCUAAUAUCUUGUAUGUCUGAAGCUUCGGAUUUGGCAUUUCAUCCCAAAAUAUGAAAAAGAUAUUCUUUUGACUAAA